CAACCGGCUUUAGAAUCAUCUAAACGUGAAUAAUGUAUACGUUCACGAUCAGCAGGCCGUGAGACAGCGAAAAUGUUUUUCAUUCGCUUGGACGCAGAUCCGUUGAAGUGUUAUUUCAUGGCAGAAGGGAAAAUGAUGCACAUGAUGGAUGAAACCGGUCUGACCGGAAAGCAGAAGAUAACUCUUCUCUCAAUGUGGGGCCUACUUAAGCAGGAUCUUCACGUUCAUGGACGCAACGUGUUGCUGACCAUGUUUAAUCAACACCCGGAGUUCCUCUCGUAUUUUGACUUCAGCGCGGAUUUGAACAGUACCAAUCUAGCGGACAAUGAGGCACUCUUUUCCCACUCACUUAACAUGAUUAAUGGUUUCGGAGCCCUCAUCGAGUACGGUCUCAAUAGUCCGAAAAUGUUUCAAUGCUCGCUUACUAAGCUGGCCAAAAACCACAAGUGGCGAAUGGUGUCCGGAGUGGAUGUGAGGUUGUUCGGAAAUGUGAUGCUGAACUAUUUCAUCGAAGUGUUAGAUCGACAAGCUGCUAACGAUCUGCCGAAUGCCUUUGGCAGAUUUAUGGACAUAAUUGCCGAUGCAUUUGAUGAUUAUCCGAGCCCUCGGGCAAGCAGUUAGGGUCAGUAUGUGUAAUUUUAUUA